AACGUCCGGAUCGAAACCUGGCUCCACGCGACCGACGCGGCGGCGGCUCCACGCGACCGGCGCGACGGCGGCUUUGACGCGACCGGCACGGCGGCGGCGCACAGCCCCGACGACGACCCUCCCCGCUGCCUUCUCCCCGAUCCCUACAACACCAAUUAUAGUUGGGGAAGGUGAACCUCCUCCCUCUUGGGAUCCGGUACCAACUCCAAAAGUUCUACAAUGAGUAUCUCAUUGCGGGAUCGUAUUAGAAAGAGGAGGGAAGAAGAAGAUGAUGACAUGAUGAUAUUUAUUUUCCCCGCCUUAUAUCUGAUGGGUUCUACUAGAGGUGGGGGACAAAAGAAGAAACGUCAUACCUCAGAUGAGACAGGCGAGGUUAAGGUUCGUCGACUGCUCGAGGGACAUGUCAAGAACUGUCAAGUUACAUUUCGGAUGGAACCACACAUCUUCAGAGAGCUUGCAACUUAUCUUAGAAGGAGAAGGAUCAUUGUUGAUACAAGGAUCACGGUCGAGGAGAAGUUGGGGUUCUUCUUAUACAUGCUAAGUCGCAACGCCUCAUAUCAGGAUCUCCAAGUGUAUUUUGGGCACAGUAAUGACACCUUCCAUCAUCACAUCAACCACUUCUUCAAUAAGGUCAUUCCUGUCCUAUCUCGUCGCUUCAUUCAGCCUCCUGAUCCUAAUCAAGUGCAUCAAAAAAUCCAAGAUAAUCCUAGAUUCUAUCCAUUCUUCAAGAAUUGUCUUGGUGCCAUUGAUGGAACUCACAUUCCUAUUUCCAUAUCUCCCGAUAAACAUUCUCCUUUUCGAAAUCGGAAAGGAACACUAAGCAUAAAUGUGAUGGUGGCAUGUGAUUUCGAUCUCAAUAUCACUUUUGUUUCUAGUGGAUGGGAGGGAUCGGCCACAGAUUCUAGAGUGCUAAGAUCAGCUAUGAGCAAGGGUUUCCAGGUACCUCCAGGAAAAUUCUAUCUAGUUGAUGGAGGGUAUGCAAAUACUCCAUCUUUUCUUGCUCCAUACCGAGGAGCUCGGUACCACUUGAAGGAAUUUGGGGCUGGACAUCGAAGACCACAGAACCCGAAGGAGCUCUUCAACCAUCGCCACACACUUCUGAGGAACCAUGUGGAAAGGGCUUUGGGGGUGCUUAAAAAGCGCUUCCCCAUUCUCAAAGUUGCCACGUUCCACACACUGGAAAACCAAGUAAAGAUACCUAUAGCUGCUGCCAUCUUCCACAAUCUAAUCCGAUCACUUCAUGGUGAUGAAGAUUGGUUAGAUCAUCAGCCGGAUAAUAUUGAUCCAUCAAACUUUGUUGCUCUACCAAGUGGUGAUCAAAUGAGUGACCCAGGCACUACACAAGGCAAUGCUUUAAGAGAUACCAUCGCCCAAGAAAUGUGGGCUCAAUACCAACAACAUCUAAAUUAGUAUUUUCGUGGUUGAAUAAGUUGUAAUAAUUUAAUUAGUAGUAUUGACACUUUAAGUUAGUAGUAUUGUAAAAUGUAAUAAGUUUUUUCUUUAAAAAGCUAUGGUUGGAAAAGGCUCCCCAAGGUUCAACAUAGGUGGUUCCCCAAAGUUGCGUAGGUUCAUUCCUACAACAAGUGCUACUAAAAAGAAGACUUCUCCUAAAUGCAGUGGGGCAAAAAAGAGUGGAAGUUCUCCAAGAGUGAAACAAAGAGCGGAUUGGAAUCCAGGCCUUGAGAGGUCUCUUGUUGACAUUCUCCAUGAAUUUAAAGAAAGUGGAUAUAGAGGUGACAAUGGUUGGAACUCCGAAGGGUGGAAUAGAAUGGUCAAGGAGUUUCAUGUGAGGAACAAGUAUGUCUCCUUUACAAAGUCUCAAAUUCAGGAUAAAGAAGGUCAGCUGAAGAGAGACUACAAGAUGCUCAAAGCAGCAAAGCAACAGAGUGGGUCCACCUGGAAUGAGAAAAGGAAUAUGGUUGAAGGACCACCAGCUUUGUGGGAGAAUCUCAUGGUGACAUUUCCUAAAAUCAAGAAGUUUAACAACAACAAGGCAACCUUCCCACUCUUUGAUGCUUUGGGAGAGCUUUAUGAUGGACACUUGGCUGAAGGGACUUGGAAUUGCACUUCUCUUGAGGCACCGCAAGAGGAAGAACCGAAUGAGCAACUUCAGGAUGUAGAAGAUGGACCACAAGGCUUUGAUCUGAAUGUUGUUCAUGAUGUAGAUGAUGAAGUUGAUGAUGCACUCACUGAAAGGAAUGAAGAUAUGCUUCAAGGAAGGGCUAAUACUCUGUCACGAGAUGAAGAAAGUGGACAGCGAAGACCUGCUGCGUCAAGAAACAAGCAAGAAAAGGAACCAAAGAAGCCUAGAAAGACUGACAACAUAGAAAAUAUGAUGAACAAAUACCUAGAAAUGAGGAGCAAGCAAGUAGAAGAUGAAGCUGCAAGAGAAAAGGAAGCAAGAGAAAAGGAGACAAGAGAAAAGGAGGCAGCUCAAAGUGAAGAUUUCUCCAUCAAAACGUGCAUAUCAGUUCUGAACACAAUGGAAGAAGUGACCAAACUGGAGAAGGCAAAAGCAUAUUCAGUCUUCACUAAGAGCAAAGAGAAUAGAGAGACUUUCAUAUGUGCAUGUGAAGCGGAUCAAGAAUCAGCUUUGAUUUGGCUAAGAAAUGAGAUGGCUUAGUAGGUUUGGGUGAUCAAUCGGUGAUGCUUAGCACAUCUCGAGGUUUCUUAUUUUGAAUUGACAUGCUUAGUUCUAAAGUGAUGUUUCUUCUUAGCACAUCUGUUCUAUCUCUUAGUUGUUGAAGAUGUCAGUCUAUCAAGAUUGUUCUUUGCGUUUGUUGGCAAGACUAUAAUUUAUUUGUUGCUUUACUGUUUAAAACUAUAUCUGUUGGCAAGACUAUAAUUUUGGGCCUUUAUCUGUUGCUGCUUGCUGCUGGAAA